AUGCAGUUCUCGAUUUCUCUUCUCAGUGGCCUCGCCCUCUUGAGUUCCAGCUCUGCCUCAACUACUACUGGGCCUGAAGACCAUGUUCCUUACUACUCGCGCGAUGCUGAGCCAACUUGUAUAACUCCAGGCAUCGUCCCCAACAUCACGGGCUCUCAGAUCCGCAACGUUGGAGUUGUUCUAUUCCAGGCUCUCGACAUGAUCGAUGUCUUCGGUCCUCUAGAUCCUCUCCAGAUCCUCUCGCUCAGCGUCCAACAACUCAAUCUUCACCUCAUCGCUGAGACGCUUGAACCUGUUAGCACAGCCCCGUUGGUUAUGAACAAGUUCAACUCGAGCUUCUUCCCAACAAUCCCCCCAACCAAUACAUUCAACGACGACCUGGAUCUUGAUCUGCUUAUUGUUCCUGGUGGCCCUGGUGCGAGGAACCCGAAUCUCAAGGCUGUCACGGAUUACAUUGCAAAGAUGUAUCCCAAGGUCAAGAUAUUGAUGACUAUCUGCACUGGCGCCGGCGUUGCAGCUAGAUCGGGUGUUCUGGAUGAGCAUUUAGCAACGACUAACAAGAAUGCUUGGGCGACUAUGAAGGAAAUGGGUCCUAGAGUGAACUGGGUAUCUCCCGCUCGUUAUGUUAUCGAUGGCAAAGUCUGGUCUUCCUCAGGCGUCACUUCUGGACUGGAUCUCAUAUUUGCCUUUAUCAGUACUUUCUGGGGUACAGAACAGUCCGAACGCAUUGCUAGUAUUGUUGAGCAUGUUCCUCGUGUUGCGACUGAUGACCCCUUCUCAAAGCACUUUAAUAUUACGCCCACUGAUGCUCAGCCCUGCCCAAAGAUUUGA